AUGCAAUGUUAUACGGAGCUGUUGCCGCCUUCAGGGGUAACGCAUGUUUUGUCCGUUCCCUUUCUGUCGGGGAUAUCUAACAACUUGAUAGUGGCAAAGACUACUCUACUCCAAGUGUACAAUCUGGUUAACGUUGUCUACGGAUCUGGUCCUGGCCAGUCCGAUGAGAAAACUCGGUCCCAGUACUCCAAACUAGUUCUAGUGGCUGAAUAUGCUCUGUCCGGUACUGUCACCGACUUGGGUCGAGUGAAGAUACUUGAUUCGAAAAGUGGUGGAGAGGCUAUCCUUGUUGCAACCAGGAACGCUAAACUCAGCCUGAUUGAGUGGGAUCCAGAGAAACACCAGAUUUCCACAACUUCUAUUCAUUAUUACGAGAGAGAUGAUGUUCACAUCAGCCCAUGGACUCCGAAUCUUGCCGCCUGCCCUAGUCAGUUGACAGUCGACCCUAGUAGCAGAUGUGCGGUACUCAACUUUGGAAAAAAAAACUUGGCUAUCUUGCCUUUCCACCAGAUGGGCGAUGAUUUAGUUAUGGGUGAUUUUGAUUCAGAUCAUGAUGAAGAACGCCAAAUAGAUACGAAUCAUACCGCUGAAGAACGGGAUGAGGCAAAUAAGCCUGAUGGGCCAGUGUAUCAAACUCCUUAUGCAUCGUCCUUUGUGCUCCCCAUAGCAGCGCUGGAGCCUUCGAUGCUCCACCCUAUUAGUCUAGCGUUUUUAUACGAAUAUAGGGAACCUACAUUUGGCAUUUUAUACUCACAAGUGGCAGCAUCCUCUGCUUUGCUACAUGAUCGAAAAGAUGUAGUCUUUUACUCCGUUUUCACCCUGGACUUGGAACAGCGAGCUUCUACCACUCUCCUCUCUGUUCCACGGCUCCCCAAUGAUUUAUUCAAAGUUAUACCACUACCUCCGCCGGUUGGAGGUGCGCUAUUAGUUGGAUCUAACGAACUCGUCCAUGUCGACCAAGCGGGAAGGACUAAUGCUGUGGGAGUGAAUGAAUUUGCGAGGGAAGCCUCCAGCUUCUCGAUGGCUGACCAAUCAGAUUUGGAAAUGCGCUUGGAAGGCUGUGUUGUGGAGCAACUGGGAACCGAAAAUUGUGAUAUGUUAUUAGUGUUGCUAAAUGGUGUUAUGGCGGUGGUCAGUUUCAAACUUGAUGGACGAUCGGUAUCGGGGAUAUAUCUGCGGCCAGUUUCUGACCAGGCUGGAGGCGCCAUUUUAAGAACCAAACCCUCUUGUUCGGCUCUUGUUGGCAGAGGCAAAAUCUUUUUUGGUAGCGAAGAAGGGGAUUCCAUGCUCAUUGGCUGGUCAAGACCUUCAGCAGGAGCAACGGUGCCUCCAGCGCCAGAAACUGGCGAGGACAACGUUGCGGAGCUAUCCGAGGAUGAAGAGGAAGAGGACGAUGAUGAAGAUGCAUAUGAAGAUGACCUGUACGCCACUCCAGUGACACCGGGGAUUAAUUCCCGCAACACUACAUCUGUGAAUGGCACCAGCCUCAACGACUACAUCUUCCGAAUCCACGACCGCCUCUGGAAUCUAGGUCCUAUGAGAGAUAUUACCCUAGGACGACCUCCCGGCUCACGAGAUAAGGAUAAGCGUCAGUCGGUUUCCAGUUUGUCAGCAUAUUUAGAACUCGUCACAACCCAGGGAUAUGGUAGAGCUGGAGGUCUUGCAAUUCUCAGGCGUGAAAUUGAUCCGUAUGUUAUUGAUUCUUUGAUGAUUAAAGACACAGAUGGAGUAAGGUCUGUGCAUGUCAAAGAUCCUAAACUGCCAACACAAAGUGGAUCACUUCCUGUAAAUGCUGGGAGUAACUAUGACCACUAUCUUUUGCUAUCCAAGUCCAAAGGUUUUGACAAAGAAAAGUCAGUUGUCUAUAAAAUGAGUAGUGGGGGACUGGAGGAGACUCGAGCACCGGAGUUUAACCCCAACGAGGACCGAACCAUUGACAUCGGGACGCUCGCUGGUGGCACCAGAGUGGUACAAGUUCUUAAGGGUGAAGUCCGAAGCUACGACAGUGGUCUUGGUCUCGCUCAAAUAUAUCCAGUGUGGGAUGAAGAUACAAGCGAAGAGAGAUCUGUGGUGCAUGCAAGCUUUGCUGAUCCCUAUGUUCUUAUUAUCCGCGAUGACAGCUCUAUUCUGCUUCUUCAAGCAGACGAGUCUGGCGACUUAGAUGAAAUUGAAACAGAUGGUAUCAUAGAAUCAACAACAUGGAUUUCAGGAUCACUCUACCAAGAUAAAUACCGGUCGUUUUUGUCCUAUGAAGGAACUCCAAACAGAAAGCCAUCUGACAAUGUUCUUUUGUUUCUCCUUAACUCCGAAUCCAAGCUUUAUAUAUUCCAUCUCCCAAAUGCCAAAGAGCCUGUUUAUACCGCCGAAAGUGUUGACCUUUUGCCACAAAUACUUCCAACAGAGCUUCCCCCAAGACGAACAACAUAUCGAGAGUGUUUAACGGAGAUUCUAGUCGCAGAUCUUGGGGAUUCGGUCAGCAGAACCCCAUAUUUAAUUCUACGAUCUAACAGCAAUGAGCUCAUAUUAUAUGAGCCAUACCAUACUGUCCAAUCCACCGAAAAACGACUGUCUGAUUUACGGUUCUUGAAAAUCGCCAAUCACCAUUUUCCAAAAUUCCUCCCUGAAUCAAACUUGGGCAAUCUAUCGGACAGCGAUCGCCAGCUAGCGAGACCAUUACGUGCUUUGGGGGAUGUUUGCGGCUAUCGAACCGUGUUUAUGCCGGGAAACUCCCCAUGUUUCAUCAUAAAAUCGGCGACGAGCAUUCCACAUGUUAUGAACCUUAGAGGGAAAACAGUCCAUUCAUUGAGUAGUUUUAAUAUCCCAGCAUGUGAGAAAGGGUUCGUUUACGUUGAUACUGAUAAUGUUGUGCGAAUGUGUCGAUUUCCAAGAAACACUCAUUUCGAUGGCUCGUGGGCUGCACGAAAAAUUGGCCUUGGAGAGCAGGUGGAUAGUGUCGAAUAUUCCUCUUCGUCGGAAACUUAUGUUUUAGGAACGAGCCAAAAAGCUGACUUCAAACUACCCGAGGAUGAUGAAAUCCACCCGGAAUGGCGAAAUGAGGUUAUAUCUUUCUUUCCCCAGAUCGAUAAAGGGAGUGUUAAACUUCUAAACCCGAGGACGUGGUCAAUUAUCGAUAGCUAUCAACUGCGCACUGCAGAGCGUGUGAUGUGCGUCAAAUGCUUGAAUCUUGAAGCGUCCGAAAUCACACAUGAGCGUAAGGAAAUGAUUGCGGUGGGCACAGCGCUGACGCGGGGCGAAGAUAUCGCUGCCCGUGGUUGCAUUUACGUUUUCGAGGUCAUCAAAGUGGUCCCGGAAGUUGAUCGCCCCGAGACCAAUCGAAAACUAAAGUUAAUCGCAAAGGAAGAAGUCAAGGGAGCCAUAACAUCUCUCUCUGGUAUUGGCGGACAAGGGUUUUUGAUUGCUGCCCAAGGCCAGAAAUGCAUAGUUAGGGGUCUCAAGGAAGACGGUAGUCUUCUGCCGGUGGCAUUUAUGGACAUGCAAUGCUAUGUCAGCGUGCUUAAAGAGCUCAAGGGUACGGGUAUGUGCAUCAUGGGGGAUGCUUUGAAGGGCCUAUGGUUUGCGGGAUAUUCUGAAGAGCCGUAUAAACUAUCACUUUUCAGCAAAGAUGACGGCAGUCUCCAAGUAAUGGCAGCCGACUUCCUUCCUGAUGGAAAACGCCUUUUUAUCAUGGUCGCAGAUGAUGACUGUAACAUACAUGUUUUACAGUAUGACCCUGAGGACCCGGGCUCUGCGAAAGGUGAUCGACUAUUACAUCGCAGUACCUUUCACACAGGCCAAUUUGCCUCAACACUUACCUUACUCCCUCGAACAUCAGUACUCUCGCAAGGCCCCGAAGCCGAAGCGAAUGCCAUGGAUCUCGAUUCAAGUGGCCCUCUCCAUCAAGUGCUUGUAACCUCUGAAACGGGAUCAAUCGCGCUCAUCACCCCUGUCUCCGAAAUGGCUUACCGUCGGCUCUCAGCGCUGCAAUCCCAGAUGAUUAAUACCCUCGAGCAUCCCUGUGGCCUCAACCCCCGUGCCUUCAGGGCUGUUGAGAGCGACGGUAUUGGUGGACGGGGUAUGGUUGAUGGUGAUCUGGUGCAGAAAUGGCUUGAUUUGGGCACUCAGCGAAAGGCUGAGAUAGCGAGUCGCGUUGGUGCAGAUGUGUGGGAGAUCCGUGCUGACCUUGAGGCUAUUGGCAAAGCGGGGUUGGGGUAUAUGUAA